AUGGCCGGGCGCCAAUAUCAGGAUGCAGCAGGGAGACUGCCAUACAGGAACCGAUCUCUUAACACAUCAUCGGUCCAACCUGUGGCACAUAUUCCAACUUCCAGGACCCCGAGUCCAACCCCAACGUCAAUUUUGACAUCGAGUCCAACAAUCUCCAACCCUAGCCAAAGUCCAACACCCCCUCAAACACCUGGUCCCGUUCCACCAGGCACAGCAGCCAGUGGGUCCAGUUCCGCCAAUAUUAAAGACAAGCCUUUCCCCCGCCCACCUGUUAGCAAGUGGUCUUUUAAGAGUUUUUCGAGCUUUGGAUCCGAAAAAAUAAAAGACCAUGACCUUCCCAGCUGGAAGCCUUUUACUUUACGACUACCAUAUUUAAUAUUUUUAAUCCUUUUAACUUUAUUCUUUAUAAUCUCCAUCGAGUUACUCUUCAGGAAGAGCCAACGCGAUGGAUAUCUCACGUUCGCCCAAGGUGACGGUCUCAACGGUUGGCAGAUUUUCGUCUCACAGUAUAUGGGUACCGUAGCCUCGGUCAUAUUCGCCAUCCUGCUUUCACUUUCCGACCUUGAUGCAAAGCGACUGGAGCCAUGGUUUGAAUUAUCGAAACCUGAUGGAGUUACUGCGAAGAAUUCGAUAUUACUGUGUUAUCCUUUCGACUUUUUAGCUUUCGUACCGUUUAAGGCGGCAAAGAGGGGUCACUGGUCGGUAUUUCAUAUUGGGACUGCGACGGUUUUGGUAUUCUGGUUUAUUACGCCUCUUCAGAGUUCCUUGGUUGCGACACUUCAACAGCAGGUUAUUAUGCCGACAAAAUUUAUGACGACGCGGAGCCUUAAGAAGGUUUCGACUUUUGGACCGGAGACAAAUUCGUUCAUGAAUGUUGCGUAUUCCAUCUCCUGGUUAAACUCGACGCCUCCACUAUAUAGCACGAAAUCAGAAGCGGUGUUACCAUUCGAACCAGCAUCUGGCCCAGUAUCAGGAUCCGAUACGCAAACCGAGCUCUGGAUCGGCAACUCUACAGCAUACUAUACUGAAGUUGGCUGCCGCCCUGCUGAAAGAAUCGUAAUCCGAAGUCCAAACACAUCCGGGAGGACGGAAGUACAAGAUAGCGAGAGGUUUUUCCACGACAGGCAAACCAACUGUAGCUUCAGGCAUGCCGGGUUUCCGAAAUUCAUAUACGAACCGGAACCCAACAAACCCUGGCGGCAGUGGUAUGCCGAGUUUGUUGGAUAUAAUUCUGGAGCUAACUCCGCUUACUAUCUUAAAACUCCAGAUUGUCUGCUCCCGGGGCCAAACCCAAACCUCUUUUUAGUGAUAAUCGCUUAUCAGAGAGAUUACAAUGCUACACCAUCCAUAAAUGCUGCUUUCUGUGAAUCUACUUACCGAAGUUCAGCUGUCGAAGUUGUCGUUGAUGCCCGAACAAAAGUUGCAAAAAACCUAACGCAUAUCGGCACGCCCGAUGCAUUAACACCUGAUCAAUUUAAUGCAACUAUAUUCGAGACACUGGUAUCGGGCGGCGGCGUCAUGGCUGACGUUUUCAACGGAGGACCAUUUGGCUCAGCACCGCGCCAUACCGCUUGGACAAAAGAUAUCACAAAAUUAAUGCUAAACGGCGAAGAUUGGGUGUAUGAAACAAAUGUUCUAGGAUUUUUAUUCGCAAUCGACUCGAACAUAGAAAAAUACAUGGAUCUUUCAUUUCUAACGUCGACCAUCGACAAAGCAUAUAAAUUGCUCUUCAUGACAUAUGCUGCAACGAAACUUAUGGAUCCCAAAACGAAACCAGCAAGUGGAAGUAUCUCUAUUACGACAGAGACAGUAGUGGUGCCGGAAGUAUUCGCGAGAAUCUUAGAGGGCCUACUCGGAACUGUCGCUUUGCUCCUUGUUUGCUUCGUAUUGUCGAGCACGAGGAGGAGGUCUGGCCUAAUAUACGACCCUGCAUCUCUAGCAGGUACAAUGGCAAUGGUCGCCAGUGAACCAAAACUAUUAGAAAAAUUCGAAACUCUCGACGGCACAUCAACUAUUAACCAGCUUCAUCAAGCUGUCGGCGAUGAAUCCUUGAAAUUCAAGCUAGGCUCUCAAAUCGGGAACUAUCAGCUUUCUGUAGUUUCACAGCCGGGGAGUGGCUCAAGCUCGAGUUCCAUAAACCGCACCUCCCUAGAUGAAAAUGAACAAGAGAAAAACUUUGAACUUAGUGCAGCCGCUGGAACAAUCUUUAUUCUGCUGUUAGGAAGUUUACUCGCUUUUAUUUCCUAUGUCUUCCAUUAUCACAAUACACAUGAUGGAUUACCAUCCUUCAGCGAUAAUAUCUUCGUAUUCCAGCUAUUAUUUUCUUAUAUCCCGACCGCAAUAGGAACUUUUCUGGAACCAUUUUGGGUCCUCCUGACGAGGUUCAUAUGUGUGUUACAGCCUCUCGAGACCCUUAGACAUGGGCAUGCGCUUGCCUCCGAAUCACUAACUCUUAAAUUCGAAGCUGUACCGCCAUCCCUUACCAUAUUCUCAGCCCUAAGAUCCCGUCACUACUUUUUGUCAAUCCUGGCAAUAGCUGCUCUGUCGACCAAUGCCCUAGCAAUUGCUCUUGGUGCGCUUUUUGAUCCCGAAACCAUAAGAUCACCAACAGUCGUAGCCAUUAGGGAUCAAUUUCUACCCUCGGUUCAAGCUUUACCGUACUACUAUUCACUCGGCGUAAUUGAUGAAUCAAAGAUACCGGCUCACCACUUUGCAACCGGACGCGACGACCAUUACUACGCACUCUAUGCUAAUUUUACGAGCAAUACACCUUUGCCAUCCUGGAGCACACCAACCCACUUUUUUCUACCAGUCAAGCCGCAUGACCUACAGGUCUCCAACUUCAAUUCUUCAGAUAUUUUCCGAGCAGAGACAAUUGGAUUUAAUGCUAGUCUCUCCUGCGAAUCGAUUGAAGUUCCUAUCAAAGUUGGAUUCGACGUUGAGCAACAAGUUAAUAUGGCAAAACUCCAAAUUCGAACAACUGCGUACGAGGGUUCGGGUCCUGUAUGCGAGGUUUCCACCAAAUUUCAGUUCAGGUCACUAUUGAAUGACGGCAGCGUAGUUGGUAUCCAACGUGGAUAUAACGGAUCAGUUGCUAUGGAAGCUUAUCCUAUACUACAGGCAGCCUCCAAUGACACUCGGGAAAAUGAAAUCUGCAGUGGGCUCGUUCCGGCUAUAUUUAGUCGGACGCAGGCUCUUAGCAAUACAUCCCGUUUUGACGCUGCAACAUUUGAACACAAAACCAUCGUCUGCAGGCCCAAGCUCGAUGUCAGCAGAUAUGAAAUUUUAUUUGACGAUUCAAAUCAAAUCAUCGAAGCGGUGCUAAAAAACAGCAACGAAGACGAAAAACCACGUGUUUUCGCCGGGGCAAUCACAGAAUCACAACUCCUAGCUAGCAUGCAGAGCCUCCUUCGUUCCGAUCUUAUCGAGAAGGCCCUAAGUGUUGAAAGAGGUACUUGGUUGUAUUUCACUGAUAACUCGCUGCCGACGGGCUGGGUUGAUUUUAUGAUACAAACUGUUUCGAAGUCUACAGAAGCGUUCGAUCCUCAAACAGCCAUUCAGGAUAUCAAUAUGAAUUUGAUCGGUGAACAAAUAAGCGAAGUUUACAGAAGAACAUUUGCCGCCACCCUGGGUAUAUACCAUAGCCAAAUGUUUAUAGGGGCCCCGUCUUCCGCACCACAGUUUGAGGGAAUAAGGCUGGCUCCAACUGUCCGAGUUCAAAUGUCUUUAUCAAUGUUUGCACUCACGGCAACCUUGCUUAGCUUCUAUUUUAUACUAGCGAUACACUUCUAUCUGUUUCGAGUUUCCCGGCUUUUCCAACGACUCCCGACUUCGAUUGCCUCAGAAGUCCAACUAUUCCAUAAAAGUUCUGUCUUGGACGAUGUUAGAGGCACCGAGCUAUUGACGGGACAACAAAGAGAAGCCCACUUGUCCAAGUUAAAUCGGAGAUACGGGUAUGGACGAUUUAUUGGGAGAGAUAGCAUAGUCAGAGUGGGAAUCGAACAAGAACCGCUCUUGGACCACAUGUCAAAUCAAGAAGUUAGAAACCAAGGACUAGGGAAAUUUGGACUCACCAUCGAAUAUUGGCUUCAGUGGGUCAAGAGGACAAUAGGAUAG